AAUUUCUUAAACUACCGAAAAAAAGUCUGUUUUUUCAAGUUUUGUUAAAAAUGUCAACAAGUUUUACAGAUGGAUUAUACUUCUACAAUUUUUUGUAAGUGCCGUAUCAAUUGGUGUAACAAUGUUUCAAUUGACUAUUGUUGUGCCCCUCUCAAGCGAGUUUUAUUCAUUCUUGUUUUACGCCAAUUCAAUCAUUUCUCAAAUAUUUAUAUACUGUUGGUUUGGAAACGAAGUGCAAACUAAAAGCGACAAAAUUUCUCAAGCAAUAUUUGAAUCAGGCUGGACAGAUUUUCCACUAAAGACAAAAAAAGAUUUGGUGUUUCUUUUGAUGAGAACUCGGGAACCUAUAAAAGUAUCAGCAUUUAAUUUAUUUUCACUGUCACUUGAUACAUUUAUGAGGAUUUUGAGAACAAGUUGGUCAUAUUUUGCCUUGUUGCAUCAAGUAACAUAG